AUGAAGCCACUUCCUCCUGAUGAUGUCGGCCUGGCCAAGAUGCGGCUCGUCGUCCUCCCUAAAGCCGAAGCCGACGCUCUAGACGAACUAAUCGACGAAGCGUUAGACGCAGCGGACCCGGAGGGAGAGAGCGAGAGAGCAUGGCGGCGCUACCAGGAUGACCUAGCCAAUGAGCUGUCCGCCAUGGCCGAAUCCUCUGACCACCUCUGGCAUUUCUUAGACGGCCUUGGCCGGCGUUUGCUGGAGAAGAAACAGGCUCAGGCGGAGGGCCAGCACAGGCCGCUGAAACGAUCUCCCGGGUCCAUUUCCCGAGGCAUUCUGCUUCUCCACGGGUUACUCCGGUCCUGCUCCGCCAAUCAGGAGUCGGACGUCUGUAGCAUGCUUCUCUCAACGUCAACCCGCAAGGACCGACCUUCCCUCGACCUCCCUCGUCUAGCCCGCCGCCUCCACUACACCGUCCCCGCUCCUUCCACUCCCUCCUCCGCCGCUGCUGCCACGUCAGCCUCCGCCGGUGACGUCAGCGAUGACGCGGCGUUGGCCCAGUUCGCGCACGCGUACUGCGUGUAUCUGCAGGAGCGGCUUCGGUGCGUGGACAGCAUAGGGCUCCAGGUGUUCCGCACGGGAGCGAAAUCCGCAACCGGGGAAGCCAAAAACGGGGACAUAGUUGCUGAAAACUGCGUAUUGGGGAAUUCGGAGAGUGAUUCGGAGCGGGGGCUGGGUGAAGCGUACUGGGUGCAGCUUCAGUCAGACGCUGUGCUGCACCAGGUGGCGUCGCUUCAGCAGCUGCAGCAACGGCUAGUUGACUGCGCCGCCGCUGCUCCCAGCGGCCUCGGCACAAGCUUCGCAGCACGGAAAACCGCAGCGGGAACAGCGGGGGGUGCAAACGGGGGAGCAGGCGGGCGUGGGAGGGAGGGGGAGGGGAAGGGGGAGAGGGAGAGGCGGCGGCGGGUGGUGCGGUAUGUGCUGGAGGUGGCAUUGGAUGAGAGCUUCCGCGUGUAUGGGUGGGUCAACUACGGGCUGAUCGAGCUCAUGGAGCGACUCAGUCGGUUCCCCAAGGAGCAGGCCAUGCGCGCGCUUCAGGUGUGCCAGUUCUCGGUGCAGCAGGGGAAGGCGCUAUCUGACAUGUACACGCGCCUGGGGGCGGCAGGGGUGGGCGCAGGUGUGGCCUUCCCCUCCGUGGCAGUGCUGGGGGACGGCGUCAUUGGCAACCUCUCUGCCUCCGUUGCUGCAGGCCCGGAUGCUGCCAUGAGCGUUCCGCCCUCUCCCAUGCACUCUGCUGCUGCUGCUGCUGCUGGUAGUGGUGGAUUCAGCAGAGCCGGGAGUUUCGCUGAUGGCAGUGCUGCUGGUGGUGCUAGUUUCAGAGGUAUGGGACCGCCGCCGCCGCCGCAGCAGCAGCAGCAGCAAGCACAGCAGCAGCAGCAGCAUCAGCCGAAUUUGGACAGGAGUGACUCUCAUCGUUCUCUUCCCAACGCCAUGGUGCUCUUCACUCCUGUCCCAGGCCAACAACCUGGUCAUCCCCAAUUUCAGCACCAGCACCAGCAGCAGCAGCACCACCACCACCACCAGUACCAGCAACAGCAGCAGCAGCAGAUGGGUUAUCAGCACCAGAACCCUCAAGGCCCCAGCCCGUACUACUCCUACAGCGCCUCUCAACCACCACCCCCCCAGCCCGCCAGCCCUGCUCUCUCCCCUGCCGCCCAGCAGCAGCAGUUUGACGACACCGCUCAAGCGCUCUUUGGCUCGUAUUCCUCGCAGCCCUCUCCUGCUGCUGCCUCUAAUGCAGCCGCGCAGAUGAAGUACCUCACGAAUGGUGCGCAGGGAUGGGAGCGUGCGCUUGAUGAUACAGCUGGUGCUGCAGGUGGUGCUUCGGGUGGUGCUUCAGGCGGUGUUGCAGGGUCGUACAUGCCUCCGAGGCAGCAGGGGCAAGGAGGACAACAUGCUCCCCAUCUUUAUCAUCAGCAUCAUCAGCAGCAGCAGCACCAGCAGCAGCAGCAGUGGGCACUAGCCGCUCCCGGGCUAAAUGGUGGAAGCGGUACAGCUGGCAGCAGCCCAUUGGAUCAACCACCCAUGACCGCCUUUUCUGGGGGCUGGGACCAGCUGUUACUGGACAGCCUGUAUGAGGCGGCACAGGCACAGAAACACGCCUCUGAUGCCACAGCAGCCAGAUUGGGAGGAGCAGGAGGCAGUGGUGUAGGCGCUGGUGCUGCUGCUGCUGUUGGUGGUAUUGGUGGUGCGAUUGGGGAUCCUUUUGCGGCUUCUGCUGCGGUCCCGCCGCCGCCGUAUGUCCAGAUGGCACUUAGAGCGCAGCAGCAGCUGGCUAUGGAGCUUCAGAGGCGCAUGCUGAGUCAGCACGCGCGGUUUUUUGCGGCAGCGAGGUCGGCGGGAGGGGCGGAUGCGAUCCUGUGGACGAGGCUGUCGUGGCCCAACCACGCGCUCAUCCCGCGCACCACGCUCGCUCUCGCCACAUUCUCGCUCUCGCUCACCUGCAUCGCCCUCAGCGCCUCCCUCCUCGCCUCCUCUUUCAUCCGCUCCUCUCCCCCCCCUGCCUCGCCCAGCAGCACUCCUCAUCAUGAUGCGGCCUCGUCUGGCAACACUCUCCGUGGCCCCGUGCCGCGCGCUCGUCACAGAACAGUUGCAGAUUCAGGUAUGAGCGGAGAUAAGCCAGGUACGACGGAGAUUCUUGGAGGCAUGGACGGAUCAGGGGUAGAGAUUCUACCUGGAGACGCGACGACCCUGGCAGGUGGAGAAGAGGAGAAUAAUCCCCCUGAGAAAUCAAAGAAAAUUGUCCUUGGAAAAGUGGAGAAGAGUGGUUUCAGGUGGUACGAGUGGGUGCUGGGGGCUUUUGCAAGCCCUCUGGGAGCUUUCAGUGAGCUGAGCGUUCCGUAUCAUGCAGAGCAGAGAGUCCUGCCGUCUGGUCAAGGCUCCUCGGGUUCCAGACGAGAAGGGCGGGUGGUGGUCUCUGCUACCAAUGGCUUGGAGGCGGUGAUUCGUGGUGAUGAUGAUAGUGAUGAUGGUGGUGGUGAAAGGGACGGAAGGGGGGAGGUUGUUGCAGGAUCGCAGGAGAAGGAGAAGAUGGCUGAUGAGGAGGAGAGAAGGGAGGAAAAGGAGACGGGUCAAGGGGAGGAGGAGCAAGGGGAGACGCAGCUUCGGCACGUCAUGUUCAACAUAGCCUCGUCCCGAGCCACCUUUCCAUACCGCCGAGCCUACCUGCGCAGCUGGUGGCGCCCGGGUGGGCAGGAGGAGGAAAUCCGCGGCUACGUGUGGGUGGAUGACGUGGCAGCGGUCCCGCAUGACGAGGCGGUGGACCCACCUGUGAGGGCCAGCACCAACACGAGUCACCUGAGCUACAGGGGCACGGGGCUGAGGGAGUAUCUGCGUUUGGCGAGAAUUGUGGUGGACGCGUAUAGGCUGGGGGAGAAAGAUGUGCGCUGGUACGUGAUGGGCGACGAUGACACGUUUUUCAGCCCCCGCGCCAUCACAGCCUUCCUCGGACAGUACGACCACAAGACACCCCUCUACCUGGGAGCACCCUCUGAGACGCACUACCAGAACGUGGCCAACACGCACGGCAUGGCGUUCGGGGGUGGGGGAUUUGCCAUCUCGGCAGCGCUGGCGCGCAUGCUGAGUGAUGGCGGCGCCAUGGAUGCGUGUUUGGAGCGACACACCACAGUUUGGGGGAGCGACGAGCGGGUCGCUAGCUGUGUUGGCGAGCUGGGGGUGAGUGCACGUUGGGCACUCGCACACAUGCUGAGUGAGGGUGGGGCCAUGGACGCGUGCUUGGAGCGGCAUGCUGCAGUGUGGGGGAGCGACGAGCGCGUGUCAAGCUGCGUGGGAGAGCUGGGGGUCGAUUCGGCCGGCAGUCUUGUCAUGGCACAAUCCCCCUCUCAUUCCCCUCCCCACCUCACUGCCCUCCCUCCUCCCCCGGGUGUCCCUCACUUCGAGCUUCCACCAGCCCCAAACCUUGACUCCAUCUCCCCUCUGCCCUCCCUCCUCUCCCAGGUGUCCCUCACUCCAACGCCAGGCUUCCACCAGGUAGAUCUGGGCGGCAGUCUCUUCGGCCUCCUCAUGGCGCACUCGCUACAGCCGCUGCUCUCCCUGCACCACCUUGACUUCGUUGACCCGCUGCUGCUGCCAGCUGGCAUCGCUGACCGGGCGGACGGGCUCGCCACGCUGGCAGAGAGGAUCCGGCCGGACCCGAUUGGGUUUGCACAGCUGGCAGUGUGCGGGGAUGGUUCCCAGUGGACUGCAGCCAUAUCGUGGGGCUUUGCCAUCAAAAUCUACCCCGGGUAUACUCGUUUCUUCCCCUUGCGAUUCUUUCGUCCCUUCUUUUCACACCUGGCGCGGCUGCUACCAGACCUGGCGAGGGCAGCAGAGCGAACGUUCUACUCGUUUGUGGGGAGUGGCGCGGCUGCUGUCAGGACUGGCGCGGCUGCUGUCAGAGCUGGCGCGGCUGCUGUCAGAGCUGGUGAGGGCGGAGCGAACGCGCGGCUGCUGUCAGAGCUGGUGAGGGCGGAGCGAACGUUCUACUCCUUUGUGGGGAGUGCCGACCCCACCGCGUUCACCUUUGAUACCAGGACACCAGAGGUUGAGGAGAGCGGCCGGCGCAGCACGGAGGGAGCGGAAGGAGUGGCAGGGCGGCGGCGCAGCGGAGAGGUGGGCAGCGGAAUCGAUGCGGGUGAAAGAGGCGGAAGCAGAGAGUUUGGCGGAGGGUGCGGCGGAGGACGGGGAGGCGGGCGGAAAGGACGAGGGGGACGAGGAUUCAGAGGGGAGAGGGGAGGGAGAGGCGGGGGAAGAGGAGGGAAGGAGAGGAGAGACUCUGCGCAAGAUGGCGUGGGUGAGGGGGGGGGAGGGGUGGCGGGGAAAAGCGACGUGGAAAUGCGCGUCUGUAGGUCUACCAGCGGGAGUGACAGUAACGGCGGCGGUAGUAGCAGCGGCAGCGGCAGUGGGAGCGGCAGCGGCAGUGGCAGCGGCAGCAGUAGGUGGAGCAGCAAGCGAGGCGGCAACGGGAGCCGUGCAAGGGGUGCCGAUGGUGCUGCUGCAGCUGCUGCUGCUGCUGCUGCUGCUGCUGCUGGUGCCGGUGCUGCCGUUGCUAGUGGGGGUGCUGGUAGUGCUGAUUCUGCUCUUGUAGCGUUGGCUGGGAAUGCGGCAGGCAAUCGGAGGGGCCAUGGUUUCGGAAAUGUAGCAAGCGUGGCGAGCGGUGUCGACGUGGCUCGAGCCGUCGACGUGGCGAGCGGUGUCGACGUGGCGAGAGGAGGGGCAGGAACGCGAGGUGCUUUGAGUAUUUUAACCAAGGGAGCAGCUGGAGAGGGGGGUGCGGCCGGGGGAACAGCAGGCGGGGGGGCAGCGGGCGGGGGAGAGUGGGCGGACCCAAACCAAUCGCACACUCCCCUCUCACUCCCGACCCAGCUCGUCACCUCUUCCGAGCCUCCCCCGUCCUCCCAAGCCGCCUCCUCUCCCCGAGCCUGUCCGUCAGGCUUGGCAGGGGUGCUGCAGGAUUGCCAGGAGGUUGUGUGUCGAGCCUUGGAGGGCUUUGAGUCGAGGCUGGGUGAAAUUGUGCUGGGGACACACUCUCCCCCGGACUCUCCCCCGCACUCCCCUUUGCUCUCCCCCUGUGCGCCUCCCGCCAUAAGAUCCCCCCGCUCCGCCAGCGCGCAGGCGUCUCCCAGGGGGUGGGGGAGAGCGGUUAGAGCGCAGUGGGAUUACCCUAGGGGCAACGCGGAAACAGGGGGGACGAGCCCCUCCUGUUCCACCAGUGCGCAAGUAGCGUCCACUAGAGGGGGAGGGGCAGAUAGGACGCAGGGGGAGCGCGCCAGAGGCAGCGCGGAAGCACAGGGGGAAAGAUCCCCCUGUUCUGCCAGUGCGCAGGUAGAGACGACUGGAGGGCGAGGCGGGGGCAGGGCAGAGGGGGAAUGCGCCAGAGGCAUCGCGGAAGCACAGGGGGCAAUCUCCCCCCGUUCCGCCAUUGCAAACUUCUCCCCCCGCUACGCUGCACAACUUACCCCUUUGCACCGCACUCCACACCCUUCAACCGCGUCCUCCCUGUCCCUUACCUCUGGCAACCGCUCCUCCUCUCCUCACGUUCGCUCGCCCCGCCCCUUGUCAUCCCAACCGCCCUCUCCCCACCCGCCCUCCCCCCACCUCCCCUCUCCUCACCCCCCGUCUCCCCAGUCCUCCGCUCUCCCCCCCCUUUCCCCCCGCGCCACACAUGAGGCGCCUCUGAAAUCCCCCCGCGCUUUAAGCAACCCCGCCCGUUUCCCCCACACGUCCGUUCACUCGUCUCACACGUCCUCCCCCUCUCACACGCCAACCUCCUCUCAAGCAUCUGAGCUUCCUCGAAACCCCCCUUCUGCCCGCUUGGCCCUUCGCUCCCACUCCUCUUCCGCACUGCUUUCCCCCUUUCCUGGCAAACCCCUGUCCUCACCCAUCUCUCCCUCCCUCCCCUCCUCCCCGUUCCCCUCCUCCUCCUCGCUCCCCGUUACCCCUGCGUCUCUCUCUUGCUCCUCCCACCCCCCCUCUCCCUCAACUUUCGAAGCGUCUCAAAAGUUGCUCCCUGUUCCUGCUGCUUCUCUCUCAAGCAGUCCUGUUCCUGCUGCUUCUCUCUCUCACUCCUCUCAGCCUCUCUCUCCUUCCCCUCUUCCCUCUACCACUCCGUCUCCCAAGCACCGCUUUACGGCCAGUUCAGAGACCACUGCAGCUUUUGGGAAUGGUGAGAAGCGGUGCGUGCAACAGCAAAUAAAACACCAGGCGGAUGAGUGUCCUGUCCGCACCCGCUCUGCUGUGCCUACUGCUGCGUUUGACCCGAGCCACACAGGGAGAGAUGCCGCACCUGCUGUACCUCUCAAGCCUGCCACCCCUGCUGCACCCGUCAGCACGAUCUUAUCAGUCUUCUCCUCGUCCUCCCGUUCGCAUGCCCGACUAUCCCUCCCCAUCUCCCAAUCCCUCUCUCUCCUCCUUCCAUCGCGCCGCUUUGCACCACACUGCACCGCAUACUGCCCCUCACUCCUCCCCGCAAAACUCCCCCCAUGCUCUCUCCUCUUCCCCUCACACCCUCUCUUCUUCCCCUCACUCCACCUCAUCCUCUGCCCACUCCUCCCCUCACUCUUCCUCUCCCUCACUCCACCGCUCCCCGUUCCGCCCCCCACACUACCCCUCGCCCCUCCAACGCUCCUUCUCUUCCACCCCCUCGGCACAUUUACCCCUCCAACCGAGCUGCACCGCUCUGGAAUCCCCUGGAACCAUCACCAGGAGCCGCACAACCAACACUCGCAACAGACCACUCACUUCAAGCAACGGCAACAGCACCAUCAGCAGCAGCACCAGCAGCAGCAGUUACAGCAGAAGUGGUAA